GAUCACGCCAAAAACCAACUUGGAAGAUGCCCAAGUUUUACGGCGCCGCGCGAUGGGCGCCCAAGCUCAUUUUAUUGCAGAUGCUGUGUAUGCAGUGCUCGCAUUACGUGGCGCAGGGACUUGUUCUGGGUAUUUGCCACGGCGCACAUGUGACACUGGACCAAUUCUUCGCCUACCAUACACAAACCGUCGUGACUGUGGAUGGACUCAAGAAUUGCUUCGCCAUUGUGGCCUCCAGCUUUGUCAGUGCUGUAUGCCUCGCGCUCUUCGUGGAGCGUGCCAAAAAGUGUCUGGACUUCGGUGUCACUCUCUACUUCAUUGACUUCCUCGCUCAAUGCUUCUAUUCGGAGUUUCCGAAGAUGUGGGACUGGUGGCUCGUUCACCUCGUAGCUGCAAGCGUAACGAUCGUACUGGGUGAAUACCUAUGCUCUCGUCGCGAGUUGGAGGAAAUCCCAAUGGUCGAUCUCUUCACCAAGCGCCCUUCACGUAAAAACUAAAAAAAAAUACAAAAAGGCACUUUGCAUGAAAAU